AUGUCCUCGCCACGACUCACGAGCCCUAGGGGUGGUGGAGAUCGAGCUCCUCGCCUCCCAGCAGGUUUUGAGUACGAGAGGGUGCAACUCCCCUCAUCCCGUCCAUCCAGUCGUGAUCCUCGACAACCUCGUCAGUCUGGAAUAAGGGGUCGCCGACGGCCACGACCAACCUCACGAUCACCACUUGCCCCGGUGUUUGAGGAUUCAUCGGCAUGGAUGGAUAACUACUUCUACGCGAGACCGUCAGUGCCGCGACCAUCCUCAGCGACGAUCCUCCGCCCUCCUCCGUCGUCGCCGUCGUCGUCGUCGUCACCACAGACCAAUAAUUUACACUGCACGCCGUGGAUCCUCAACACGGAAACGAUCAACACCAGCCAUAGAUGUUCCGACGCCCUUUUCUUCCGCGACUCGAUCGACUUGCAACCGGGGGUCACUCCGACCAUGUACACUCCCGGCGCACCCUAUUCCGAGCUGAACUGGCCCCUUAUGGAGGCUCAGGGUUUUUCACAAGUUCGACAUCCACCACGACGGCCGCAGCAGAAGCAGACCGACGCGGUACACGAGCAUCAUCCGACGCCGAAACAUCCCCGGCGUGGAUCCGUUGUGGUGCAGCCACGACCCAGGCAUGAACUCCUCCUCCCGGACGCUCGUGUGGACCCCGGCGUUCGAGAUGGUGGACAUGCAGAGGUGGGCUCGGGGAGUGAGGCAUGGAAUCAUCGGUCAGGCGGCGGACAUGAAUGGGAGGGUGGCAUGGACCGAACCAGGUGAGGGAAGCCCCCUGGAGGACAUCCUGUAUGGGUGGUGAUCAUCAAGACUUUGGAUAUGCGUGUGUGGGAGUUCUUGAUACCCGAUUGGUUGCCACGAAAGUGACUUGCGACGCUGAUGGAUCUCUCAUGAUAGGUUGACCAGAGUACCCUCUUCAAACUGCAAGUAUGAUGGCAACAGCUAAUCACAACGAUUGGAAAUGAGACAAGGCCGGC